CUAUAUUUUAUUUGCGAGAAAAGUUUUUGUUUAUAUUAUGGGAGAGAAUUCGCAUUUUUCCCAUAAAAUUUAUAAAAAUGAUCCUUUAUUAUUUAAAAGUUACAUUGGUAUGAAAGUGAACAUUUUAACUGAAGAUAAUACCAUGAUAUCUGGUGUUGUUUAUACAGUUGAUCCAGUAUCGGAAAGUGUUGUAUUGUUACAAGGCUGCCAACAAAAUAAUUUAAAAAUCAUAUUUGGUCAUGCAAUAAAAAAUAUAAAUAUCUGUUCAAAUCAAUCAUAUGAAUUACCAGAAUUGUUUACAAACGCUCCAGUAAAUAUUCUUCAAACCACAUUAGAAGAACGAAAAAAUGCUGUGAUAAAAUUACUUCGAGAAAAUAGAUUCCCUGUAAAAGAACAAAAUGACAUUUUAACAAUAGAAAAUAUACUUUCUAUAAAACCACCAUAUGAACCUUCUGACUGCAUAUGCGAUAAUAGCAUUAUUUUACGAAGAAUUCAAAGUUUUCUUUCUCGUAUACAAAUUUGAGAUUUAUGCUUUUUUAAAAUAAUA